AUGACGUAUCUUUCUUUCCCGCACUCCCCCCCUUUCUCCUUUCCUCCCCCUCUCCCACCCCCCGGCCCCCCGCCCGUCCCCCUGCCCCCCUCCCUGCUUCCCCCGCCCGUUCUCUUCCCCGCGUCUGUUUCCCCGCCGCAGUGCCCUACCCGGUCGCGGCGCUUUGCGGAACGGGCAGCGGCGGCGGCGGGGGCGGCGGGGAUUGCAGUGGCGGGGACGGGGGCCGAGGGGCGGCGCAUUGCUUCCAAGGCAAGUGGGAGGGCGGCAGAGGAGGCGCUUAAUAAUGAGCUGGAGACGUACAUGAAGGACAAGGCUAGGGAUGGGGGCAGCAGUGAGGAGAGGGAGGAGGAGGGCAGGAGGCGCGGCGGGAGGGAGAAGGAUGCAGAGGGAAGAGACGAGGUAAGAGGAGGGCGGAAAGGGGGAAAGGAUUCCAGUGAUAGCGACAGUGGUGGUGUGCGGAGGAGGGGGAGGGGUGAGAAGAGGGGAGGCGACAGGAGUAGCAGGAGGAAGCGUUCUCGAUCGCGAUCGAGCAGUAGCCGGUCCAGGUCG